AUGGCUCGCGGGAUCCCGAGACCGGUUUUCGGGAACCGGGGUCCGGGAACGGGUUUCCGCGAUCCAGAUACGAGCGUCGACGAGUCGGGUGCCGACGAGUGUCGACACUCCGCCGGGCGCGGCCGCGUUGCCGAAUUUCGGCGCGAGGCGACGAAGAGGCGGAAGGUUCGAAGAACCACGCAACGAGAUAAAGAAAAGACGCGGCCCCCGUCAAGGCUAGGCAGGAAAGGUCAUCCGUGCGCUUCCCACACGAAGGUGUGGCCCGGGACGACAGGGGGGAGGGGAGGGGAGGGGAGGGGGAGGAGGGUGCUCGGGCCCGCGGAGUCCCGCGGGGUCCCGCGGGACGGGCGGUUCCGAAGAGAGAGGUGGACCGCGGGCCCCCGCGACGGCGGAUGGCUCCAACCGCGUGGGCGAGCGGCCAAGGCCACGGAAUCCCUUAAUUCGUGCGUUCGUGAUGUCAGCCGCUCCGAGAAGCGGAUCUUCCGACGACGAAGAAGACUCGAGCGUAACGAGACCGUGACGGCGCGACUCCAUUCGGCACGGAUGACGGAUCCCCCGAUGACGAGGGAAAUCGUCUUCCGAACGAUCCGAUCGAAAAGUGGGAAAUCCUUCCCGACGACCCGGGUCGACUCGACGGGGCGCGACGGGACCCGAGCCCUCCACUGCCAACCGGAGGAAGAAGGGAGGCGGGUCACGUUUCGUCUUCUCGUGUCGCCCGAAGGUCAUCUCCAGUGUGGGGUCAACCGCAUCCUCAACUCUCUCACCGGCCAGGUGACGUACUACCACCGCGUCAUCGUGGAAUGGGAAGACGGGAAGAAGGAACCGAUUCUAGUCAAGUGCCGCAUGGACGAAGCGGGAUACUCCGUGGAGAACGUUCGACUCCGCCGCCAGGCCCUGCCAGACGGAUUCCAGGAACCGGAGGUGAUCCAGAUCACGGGGAACCUGACCGGCGAGGCCCCCGUCCCCAUCCUGAACGUUGGAGUCCGGCAGAACGGGGAACUCAUCGACAACGAGCUCACCGUCCGACCCGGCAGCCCGUUGGUCAUGGAGAUAUACCUGGACGAAUUGAGCUCGCCGACGUAUGGGAUCCUCAUGAAUCAGCUCAUGGUCACCGACACCAGGGAUAAAGAGGAAGUCAUCGUUCUCAACGGGUGCUCGGUGGACACGUACCUCUUCGAGAAUUUCAAGACGGAGGAAGGAGAUUUCUUGUCGGCCAGGUUCCGCGCUUUCAAGUUCCCCGAGACGACCUACGUCCAGUUCGAGGGCGUCGUCGACGUCUGCCUUCAGGCCUGCCAGGGGACGCUGUGCAGCAACCGAGAGAUCGGCUACGGAAGGAGGAAGAGAGCCGUGAUGGAGGAUGGCAAGAACGGAGGGCCGGAGCAUUCCAAUUACAUCUACCAGGUGACGAUGAGCACCGUCAUCAAGGUGGACUACGACAACGGCAUGGCGCUUAACAAAGGGUCUCUGGAGGGCCUGUACAGGGCGGCCCAGAAGUCGCCUCCACCCGGGAACGAGUCGUUCCCGGGAACCGUCGAGGAGCAGGAAAGACGGGAGAUCCGUCUCACCCUCUACGAGGGACCCGAAAAGUCUUCUUCCCCGCCAGCAAGUCUUCCUUUCUCCCUCCUCUCCCUCCUCUCCCUCCUCUCCCUCCUACCACGGAUGCUCCUCUAG